AUGGCUGCCAGUAAAAGAAAAGUCCAGUUGAGUGAACUAGAAGAACAUAGGAAUCUAUCCUAUGAAAAUGCCAAGAUUUAUAAAGAUAAAACCAAAAAAUGUCAUGAUAAAAGAAUACAACACCGGGAGUUGAGAGCUGGUCAGAAAGCUCUUUUGUUUAACUCUAGGUUGAAACUGUUCCCGGGAAAGUUCAAGUCCCGUUGGUCUGGACCUUUCCUCAUUCAUAAAGUUUAUCCGUACGGAGCAGUUGACCUAAUCAAUCCCGAGAAAAAUUUUUGUGUUCAAGGUCAACGGUCAAAGAGUGAAGUUGUUUCAUGA